UCUACUUUGCGGAUCAAAGCUGUAGUUUAAACUGAGAAGGAGUCCCAGCAUGACGAGGGAGGAUGAGAAGGCCAUCCCUGUGCGAGUCGCCCUGCGGUGCCGACCUCUCGUUCCCAAGGAGAUCAAUGAGGGAUGUCAGUGCUGCCUCACUUUUGUGCCCGGAGAACCCCAGGUGAUUGUUGGCAAGGACAAGGCUUUCACAUACGAUUACGUUUUCGACCCGGCGACUGAGCAAGAGGAGGUUUUCAACACUGCCGUGGCCUCACUGCUGUCUGGACUUUUCAAAGGCUACAAUGCCACAGUGCUGGCGUACGGUCAGACAGGCUCUGGGAAGACGUUCUCCAUGGGGGGCGCAUACACAUCAGCGCAGGAGCACGACCCUGCCGUCGGCGUCAUCCCCCGGGUCAUCAGGAGGAUCUUUCAGGACAAGGACGACAAGAUGGCGCUUACAGUUUCCUACCUGGAGAUUUAUAAUGAGGAAAUCCUGGACCUGCUCUGUGGAUCCAAAGACAAACCAGUCAUCAGCAUACGUGAAGACCCCAAGGAAGGCAUUAAGAUCGUGGGCCUGACGGAGAAGGCGGUCUCCAGCUCCAGGGAGAUGGUGAGCUGCCUGGAGCAGGGGAACUCGGCCCGCACCGUGGGUUCCACCGCCAUGAACUCCGCUUCAUCCCGCUCCCACGCCAUAUUCACCAUCACGCUGGAGCAGCGCCGGAGUGCCGACAGAGGUGACUCUGUGGUGUCCAAGCUGCACCUGGUGGACCUGGCUGGGUCAGAGAGGCAGAAGAAGACCAAAGCGGAGGGCGACCGUCUGAAGGAAGGCAUCAGUAUUAACAGAGGUCUCCUGUCGCUGGGGAACGUCAUCAGCGCCCUUGGGGACGAAACCAAGAGGGGCACGUUCGUGCCGUACAGAGACUCCAAGCUGACCCGACUGCUGCAGGACUCUCUGGGUGGGAACAGCCACACCCUGAUGAUUGCGUGCGUCAGCCCGGCGGACUCCAACAUGGAGGAGACCAUCAACACGCUUCGCUACGCGGACCGCGCGCGCAAGAUCAAAAACAAGCCCAUCGUCAACAUGGACCCCCGGGCAGCCGAGAUGCAGCGGCUCAGACAGCAGGUCCAGGAGCUGCAGGUGAUGCUGCUGCAUGCACGUGGAGGAGUGGCCCCGGUGCUUUCUGGGUCUGAGCCGUUGGGAAAUGUGUCCGUGCUCCUAGAGAAGAACUCCUGCCUGCAGGACGAGAACAGCAAGCUGGGCCGAGAGCUGAGCGAGGCUGUGAACCAAACAGCGCAUUUGCUGGAGAGGAUCCUGCUGACUGAGCAAGCCAAUGAGAGUCUGCAGAGUAAACUGGAGGAGCUGAAGAGGCAUGCAGCUUGCAGAGUUGACCUGCAGAGGGUGGUGGAGAGCCUGGAGGACCAGGAGCUGAAAGACAACGUGGAGGUGAUCCGCAACCUGCAGCAGGUCAUCCUGCAUCUACAGGAUGAGAGCGUUGGCAUUGCGGCGUCUAUUGAGGCCAUGGCGUCAGAGACCUGCAAGCCUCCGGACAGAGAGGGAGAGCCUAGCCCAACGGGGACAGGGGUGGCAGACAAGAGCUCCAUGGAGGCUUUCGCUACUCAGCAUGCCCUGCGGCAGGCGCAGAUGUCAAAGGAGCUGUUGGAGCUCAACAAAGUGCUGGCUCUGAAGGAGGCCUUUGUCAAGAAGAUGUGCCAGAAUGACAGUCACCUGGAGCCCAUACAGACCGAGUACCAGGAGAAUAUGCGGGGCCUUCAGACGGCUGUUGGCUCACUGCAGCAGGAGAAAGAGGAGCUCAUCCUGGCCCUGCACUCCUCCAAGAAGGACACUACCCAAGCCAAGCUCGGCGAGCAGCGCAGGAAGAGGCUGCAGGAGCUGGAGGGCCAGAUCUCUGAGCUGAAGAAGAAGCUGCAGGAGCAGGCCAAGCUGCUCAAGCUCAAGGAGACGUCUGUGCGCAGCGUGGCCAAGCUCAACCAGGAGAUCCAGGCCAUGAAGUCCCAGCGAGUGCAGCUGAUGAGGCAAAUGAGGGAGGAUGCUGAGAAGUUUCGUGUGUGGAAGAGUAAGAAGGACAAGGAGGUUCUGCAACUCAAGGAGAAGGACCGUAAGAGAGGCUAUGAGAUGCUGAAGCUGGAGAGGGACUUCCAGAAACAGGCCAGUGUUCUGCGCCGGAAGACCGAGGAGGCUGCAGCGGCCAACAGGCGUCUGAAGGAUGCCCUUCUGAAGAGGAGCGAGGCGGAGAAGCGCAAAGAGACGCAGAAUCGAGGAAUGGAGGGAGCUGCAGGAAGAGUGAAGAGCUGGCUGCUGAAUGAUGUGGAGGUGCUGGUGAGCACAGAGGAGGCUCGGCGCCACCUGCAGGACAUGCUGGAGGACAGGAAGAUGCUGGCCGAGGAGAUCUCCCAGCUGAAGCAGAGGAUGGAGGCAGGGGAGCGGCCGGCAGCCAAAGUGCGACGUCGCACCUUCACCGUGGCAGAGCUGGAGAGCCAAGGCGAGCUGGAGGCGUCCCUGGGGAAGCAGGUGGAGAACCUGGAGACGGAGAUGGAGCUCAGGAGCGCCCAGAUCGCCGACCUGCAGCAAAAGGUGCUGGACGCUGAUAACGAGGAGCGGCUGAAGCAGCGCUGGGACAGCAUCAGCACCAUCAUGGAGGCCAAGUGCGCCCUCAAGUUCCUCAUGUCUGAGCUGGUGUCUGCCAAGGUGGCGAAUGCCAGUCUGGAGAGCGAGCUGAAGCAGGAGAAAGGCAACUACAGCGACCUGCAGAGGGUGCUAUACGAGGAGAGGAAGCUGAUGUCCACCAUGGACAUGGAGCACCAGAGCCACCUGGUGGAGCUGGAGCAGAGACACCAAGAGAAGAUUCUGUAUCUGCUCAGUCAGCUGCAGGGAAAAUCUGUGGCUGGGAAGGAGGAGGAAACUGAAGGAGAGGCAUCAAAAAGGGAGCAGGGGCUGCUGCAGCGCUUAAAGUUCCAGGAGGAGCAGAUAGAGAAGAUGAAGGAGCUCAGCGAACAGAAUCAGACGCUGCUGGAGGAGAACAGCCAGUACAAGCAGAGACUGACCCUCCUCCAGUUGACCGGUGGCAGGAAAGCAGACUCUCAGUGUCCGGAUCCGAGCCUGUCCCCAGACUCCUCCUUCGAGUACGUCCCUCCCAAGCCUAAAGCCAGCCACUUCCCUGCUGUCCGAGAGCCCUGUCUGUCCACCACCAUUGACCUGGACGAGCUGAUGUCGCCCUCUGACUCGGACCCCGAUCAGGAGAAGGACGAGUGGGUCCCUCGGAGGAAGAAAGCCCAUCGCAACCGCAAGAACUCUACAAUGUCUGGGUGUGCCUGCAAGGGGCGCUGUGGCAACAAGCUGUGCCACUGCCGCAAGGGGAAGAUGACGUGCGGGGAGAACUGCCAGUGCAACCACGAGAAAUGCCGUAACAUGGACCCCCACCUGUCCAGCGUGGACUCCAGCAAAAUGGAGGAAUCAGCCACAGACUCUGUGUUCACCCCUCGGGACCCCACAGCUGUCAGCCCAGGGGACGCCACCUUCUUCAAGCCCCCCUGCGUCACUCUUACCAUGAAGGUUCUGAAAGAGAUCGGCGACAUUGGCCAGCUCCCGGCCGACCUCAAACUAGAGAGGAAACCAGCCACGGUGGAGGAGGACGAGGAAGAGCAGGAGAGGAGCACAGCCAGCAUUCUGAAGAAGAAGAAAAGGGUUCUGACGAGCCAGAGCAGCUUCUUCUCUGGGUGCACGCCCAUCCGAGAGUAG